AGCUGAUUCUCGUCUCGUUAAACUUUGCUUAAAAAGCUCCCAUCACUGCCGUACACCUCCACCGCCUUUCUUCAGAACUAUCAUUCCCGGGUUUCCCUCAAUCGUCACAAGACCAGAAGGAUUGAUAACGAGAAUCCCUGUUUCAUCCACUCAUACAAUGCUCCCCGCCAUCCGCCUCACAGCGUCCAAACCUCCCUCGCGCAGUCACACCCUACAUCUCCUCUGCCACGUGAAGCCCGGAGCUGCAUCUAAGCGUGAAGGAGUUUCUGCUGUAACCGCAUCCGGUAUUGAGCUGUGCGUGGCAGCGCGGGCGCGAGAGGGCGAGGCCAACCGCGCUGUAAGAGCGCUGAUCGCUGAGGUCCUCCAUGUACCCAAAUCAGACGUAGAGAUUGCAAAAGGGAUGAAAUCGCGCGAAAAGACAGUCGUUGUAUCAAACAUAACCAUCGUCAAGAGCAGCAUAGAGGAGACCAUUGAGGGCAUAAGGAUUAAAAUUGAGCAAAGCGUGAGUACUUGACACUAGCGUUCAGUGACCUCUCUCGUUCAAACUUCUGCCAUCACCC